ACAACGGCGCCUGCAGCCAUGAGGUUACUGCAAAUUGUGAUAUUGACCCUAAUCGUAGUGUACCCAGAUGAUGUCCUCUCCGGAAAAGGCUCAAAGCCGAAGCCGAAGUCGAAGUCGAAGGCGAACAACAAGAGUGAUUUAGGUCCUUGUGGAAAGCGGUAUUUGCGUCAAAUUAAUGGCAAAUGCUAUUACUUUGCCGGCAAAAAGAUGAACUGGUUCGGGGCACAAAACAAUUGCCUACGCAAGGAUCUCAAUUUAGCUGAUAUUGCCAAUAAGGACGACUUCGAUGCCGUUAUGAAGUUUCUACGCUCGCGCGGCAACAUGGAAGACUAUUGGUUCGGCGGCAAUGAUCUACAGACGGAGGGCCGUUUUACAUAUAUUAGCACUGGUCGUCCUGUACGGUAUUUCGGUGGUGCGGCGGCUAUUGAGCCGACGCAUAGGGCCAAUUUGGAUGACUGUUUGGAGGUUAGGCUGAGAUAUAAUGGCACCACGGUCACCGACGACAAUUGCGAAGAGGAACAGUAUUUUAUAUGUCAGGCGACUGAAUUGAAGUGUGCUCAGCCUACGGAGGAUUCAGUUGGUAGUCAGCAUCAUAGCCAUGAGCAUUUGCAUCAUUUCCACCACGAUCCGACCAAGAACGAAAAUACUGGGAAUGCGACACGUACAGAAAGUUUGGAAAGCGACUCACGGCCGCUUGAUAAUUCGAAUUCGGCGCAAGCGGAGUCGAAAGAGAAUACCACUACAACUGAAAAUGACGGAACGGAGAGUACGCUCACGACGGCAGAAUCAGAUAUAACACAAACAGAAACAGAUGGUACAGCAGAAACGAGUACCAUGCCGACAGGAACAUUAGGAGAGCAUGAUAAGCCGACAGAAGCUCCCACGCCAACACCGACAGAUAUAGGAGGGCAGCAUGGUAAGCCAAAUGCUCCCGCGACAGGACCGCCAAAUAUAGGUGGAGUGACUGGUAAGCCAGAAGCUUCCACGACAGGACCGCCAAAUAUAGGUGGAGUGACUGGUAAGCCAGAUGCCUCCGCGACAGGACCGCCAAAUAUAGGUGGAGUGACUGAUAAGCCAGAUGCUUCCACGACAGUACCGCCAGGAGUAGCAGGACAGGACGAAAAUUCCGCGACGCAGGCAGCACCGCAAAGCUAAACAGCUUAAUUAACUGUACUCGCCACUGGACGAGCUCCUCAAAUAUCCCCAAGUCCCAAUGAGUUUGUUUAUUUGCAGCAAAUAAAAUGCCAGAGAUUUUAUUUGGCCUCCAUAUAAAUAAA